AACCGUGGCAGUGAAGAUCAGUCCAAGAUAAACACUCACAAAACUGCUGUUUUGUAAAAGCUGCCACUGAUCUCUAUUUUACUCAAAACUGACUGCUCUUUUAGGCCAAGAAUCACAUCUGAAAAACAAAGAAGAAUGCUCAGGAAGUGUUAAUAGACGCUCGGGACCCCAUGGUGGCUUAAUGGUGACUUUAAAGCACAUGAGCAUGAAGGAGUAUGAGGAGACUGGUGCUCCACUGCUGGGUGAAGAAAACAGCACAGAAAACCCAGGCAUUAGAAACAGAAGGGAGUCCAGAGAAUUCUUCCUUGCACAGUGGAAAAACCUUGGCCUGAGUGUUGUUCUGCUCCUGAGCUGUUAUUCAGCAAUCCUUGUCCCUGCUUAUUUGCCUACUAAACAACUGACCUGGACUGAAAGCUCCACAGAAGAAUAUAUGGCGAUACUGAAUGACUCGGCAGCUCUGCUGUCUCGGCCGUGUAUAAGCGGCCUGGCUAAGGCAAAGCUGCAGAAAGUGCUGAAUCUCCACAGCCUGCUUCAGAUUCCUGCAUUCCUCCAGAAUGGGACUGGACACUGGGAACAGACACCUCCACUUGGUCUUCUAGGUAGUGAGGGUACGUUGGCACAAGCACUUACAGUCCUGCCUCUCUCUGGACUGCCCUCUGUUCCCGACCGUUGCAGGAGAUGUAUGGUGGUUGGGAGUGGAGGAAUCUUACAUGGCAAACAUCUUGGAGUCCAUAUUGAUAAAUAUGAUGUCAUUAUAAGAAUGAACGAUGCACCAGUGUUUGGAUUUGAGGAAGACGCAGGCUCAAGAACCACAAUUCGACUGAUAUAUCCUGAAGCAGCAUCUUUCUUGGCACAAGAAUAUCAGAAUACAGCUAUAGUAGCUUUAGUUGUAUUCAAGAAACUGGAUUUAGAGUGGUUGACCUCUAUUGUAACGAAAAAACCUUUGAGCUGGUGGUCUAAACUGUGGUUCUGGAGAGAAGUUGUAAAUGAUAUUCCACUUCAGCCAAGAAACUUCCGCAUCUUAAAUCCUGAAAUACUCAGCCGGACAUGGCAUGUGCUGCAAACCUAUGGAAAACAUGAACGCAAGACGGUGCCUACAUUAGGCUUCACUGGUGUGGUGUUAGCAUUACAGCUGUGUGAUGAAGUUAGCCUGGCAGGUUUUGGCUAUGACUUCAAACAUCCUGGAUCAAUGCUCCAUUACUACGGGACUGUGCGCAUGAACCAAAUGAUGGCACAAGUAGUGCAUGAUGUGAGCUCAGAACGUAGUUUACUGCAUGACCUUGUUGAGUCUGGAGUCGUGUAUGAUGUCACAGGUGCAGUGUAAUUAACAGUAGACCUCAUAUAUCAAAAUGAAUAGAAAUGUAUUUAUUAAUAAACUGUUCAAAGAAGCACGUACACAAGAAAUUUGUUAUUCAUGAAAAUGGUGUUAGUGUUGAUCGUGUUAGAAAAUCACGUUAGUCAUAUGAAAGCUCCAUGGAAUGCAAAUGUUAUACACUGAAACAGUGGCUGAGCUCCAUUACUUGACAAUUUUAUUUGUUUGUUUUUGUUUUGUUGGUGUUACUACAUUUGAUUAGCCUAAGCAUAUUAGGUGACUUAUGUGUGAUUCACUUUUAUCAACAUCUGCGCAUGAAUGCAAAGAAAAUUUGCAUUAAAAAAACUUUGGUAUGGUCUAUGAAACCACUUUUACUUCACAAUUAAAAUUAGAAACAUUUAGAAUAAGUAAGUGGCUCAGUGUUUGUACGUUGAACUUGAACUGAAUUGAACAUAGUUGCUUCAGAUCUUUUGUAACUAAAGAUUGUGUGAGAUUUAGUCAUUUCAGCAAAAAGGUGAAAGCAACCAAAGCACUCCAGGUACAAUGUCCAA